AUGAUGAUUCGCUCCACGGUUGCUGUUUUAUUGUUGGCCAUCUCAGCCGAUGCCACAUUUUUCAAUGGAGGGUGUGGAUGCCCGCCACCACCACCACCGCCACCAAUGUGCAUGACCACCAUUCAGCUUCCGCCUAUCCAGAUUCCAACCAUCCCAUUGCCACGAAUUGAGCAUCCUCAGCCAUGUUGUCCAACUUGCGCUUGCGGAAGGAAGAAGCGUGAGGUGGAUGUUGAUGAGGCUCCAAAAGAUGUCGCUUGCAAUGAUGACAAACUUUUCAACAUCAUGAAGAAGGAAAUGACUUCUGGAGAAUCUUCAAAGAUCAAGAUUGCUCUUGUGGAAGCCGCUGAAGUUGAAAUCGGCGGACGAUUCACAGUCAUUUGCUCUCAGGGUGCCUUCUCCUUCGUAACAUCCACGACUAACUACUGUCUCCACUCGCAGAAUGGUCUCAACUGUUAUCUCUUCAAGACUCAAUAA